AUGAAAAGAAAGCUCAAGAAACAAAUCAUCCACAACCAACUGGAACAAGAUUAUAACAUGAUUGAUUUUUAUUUUAAUUUGGCAAGUUAUGGUCUUCCGAUGGUUGGACGAGAUGAGCUGAAAAGUUUUUUGACGUUGCUAGUUGAAAAUGGUGGUGAAAUUCCUAAUAAUGAGGAUAAACAAGUACUAGAAAUGGCUGCUCUUUUCUAUUCAAUUAAAGCCAUUUGUGAAUGCUUCACUGGAACAAUGGAAGAUGCAGAGAAGGCAGCCACCAAAUCAAAAAACUAUCUGUCUCAUGUAUUUGAUAGACAUUGGAGUGUACUGGUUGUUGCCUGCUAUUAUUACUUGUGUUGGUUUGAUUUUAUGGUUGGAAAAGUGGAAUCAUCCCAAUUCUAUAGACAAAUCUUAAAGUUUGCAAAGGAAAAGUUUGAGAAAUCAACAAGACAAUUGAGUAAUUUUGAGAGGAAUGCCUACGAAUGUAUUUGUCAUGUGGACGAAUUCAUGUUCAACGAAGAGGGAGAAGUCAGAGUGAUGAAUUUCGAAUUAUUCAUCCAAUCUAUUCCAAGAAUGUACAUUUUCGACAAGAGUAGUCUUCCUAAUGGAUGGAAUUACUAUAUGAAAAAUCCACACCUUAUCGAUUCCACAAAUUGUUUCGAAGUUUGGACCAUGUUGGAGAUGAUUUUACAUGAAUCAAGGGAGAAUGAUCUCGAAUUGAUUCCAAACUUUGCUGAACUUAUUAACUUGUUUUACAAUAUAACAGAGAAUGGCACACGAUUGGGCAUACUAUCAAAGGCCUCUAAUGCAUCUAGCUCACUAUUGAUAGAGCAUGCAAUGGAGAAGAGUGCAUCAGAAAUAGCUUUCGCAACAACAAGUAUCCACUUUAAAACCCUUCCAAUAGAAAUCAUGAUACAUGUUUCAAUUGCUACCAAUUACCAUCUCGAGAAGGUGAAGAGUGGUGUUCUCUUUCCUAAGAGAGGAGGGAUAAGCUACUUGGAUCUGCUAUCUAAGGAGCUUCAGGCCUACAAUUAUUUUAAGCAAAAAUUUUUGAUUACUUCUCGUCAUUUCUCAACCCUAUUUUCACAAGUUGAACAGGUGGCAGGAUUAUUGAAUGUUUAG